CCAUGGAUUCGAGGAGCGUGCCACGGUAGCUAAUUACCACUGGGUCACGGAUCGUCGAGGCGGCAUUCUCUGUCGGUUUUCUUUCAUCGGAGGAGGUCCUUUUGCCGAACACGGGGGUUAAAACUAUAACCAUACGUGUGUCCUGUGCCGCGGCGGAUGAUAUUUUGGAAUUUUGUGUACACGCAAAAGUGGUAGAACUUUUGUGUAGGGGUUGGGAGACCCUAUAACACGUAUAUGAGAGAACGUUGAAAUCAUGUGUCAGAUUUAAAUCUGUCCGCGCAUAAUUAGCGCCACGGGUCCCGCGGUCUCGGUCUGUUCGCAGCACCUGCCCAGAAAAUCUUCAUCAAGAGUUCUGUUUCCCGAACGGUACCAACUAUAUAAACGUCCUCAAACGAAUAGUAAUGUAACUACUUUCUGCAAAAGCUCAACUUUAGCAGCAGCGUUCGCGCGGGUUUAAAUCUGCGAAAAUGAAGAGGAAACUUGAACGCGAGGGGACAAAGAGAGGAAAGAGGAAGGAAAGAACCCAGAAGAGCAAUGGCUGGCGUCGUCCGUAAACCCUGCCUUUCAACGCCAAUUAAAAUGCCACUGCUAAACGACGCGCGUUGAAGAUGCGCGGGUCUUAUGAUAUUAUAGGUGAAUGUGAUUAACGCGGGGAUAAUUAAAACAACUACGACGAAGGGGUCGUCAUCGCGCACUGAGAGACACUGUCCGCACUACUAGAUGGAAGAUGAGAGAUCGCGUGGAGGCGGUCGAGCUGUACCCCAAGAAACGACUUUGGACCACCUCUCUACUCCCGAGCCAAACUCAAACUCGAACUCAAACUCCUGUGACUAAAACCAGCGCGGAAGGGGCGAGAGGAGUAGAAUGAUCUUGGCAUGCUUGUACGGCACAUACAAUGCACGUAUAAUUGGCGUUAACAAAAUCCUCCCGCGAUACAACGAUCACGCCGACGUUUGAUCUGCGAGAAAAAUUAUAAAUCGUGCGAUUACGUACGCGAUGUAUGCGAAAACACCUGCGCGAAAUCUCGGCGCAGCCCCAUCGAAAUCUGCUGUCGACAGGUGGGCCAUGUUGAGAUAUAUACCUCUAUGUACCGUAGGUGUGCAAAUAUUGUCGCAAAACUAACGGAUGUUAGAGAAAAAUCAGCACACCUGUUCACCUGAAUCACCACCCCUCGCCGCUUCGCUGCAGGUGAUAUACAUGAUCUAUACUGCAAGUUGAAAGAUUUCACGGAAUGUCGCAACGUCUUAUAAAUUCUGGAUUGUACAAGUGAUCGGGACCGCGCGCGGUACUUGAAAGAACGUUUGGUUCUCAACGGGGAUCGUGCUGCGGCGGCGGCGUUGGAAACGAGGGAUACCGACACAUGUUGUCCCCCGGGAGGUGGACCCCACGACCAGGACCCCCAAGAGGGUAUACAACAGUACCAACGAGAAUUCCGCACCGUCACAUAAUCAUUCGAUGGACCAGAGACGUAACCACCGGUGGAUCGUCGACUCGAACCCGAUGCGGACGAAAGAUCGUGGAAAUCGAUCGCGCAAUUUUAUACUGCACGACACGAAAUUCCUGGGUACCUCUCGACGACCGGUUCGAAAUCGGGUGUUGCGCAGAUUUUUUAUCCCCCCGAAUCGUGAAAUCGAGAUCCGACGAUCGAUCCUACGACGAUGGAACUAUCGGAUAUUUACCUUUGGGAACGCGUGCCGUACGGUGUUUGAAUUUUACCGAUCAUCAUCCCCGGCGGUGCCGCAGGAUCAUCAAGGAGGAAUUACAAACUUUCUUAUGACUUUUAGAGAUCCGGGCUGCAAUAUCCCGGAGGUCUCGAGCUCGAACCAUUACGAAUUAUAUAAUUCGGCCGGCGAUUUAAAUCACAGCCAAAAUAAUUAUAGGGGUUCGGGUGACAAGAGAGCGGCACACGUAAAAAGACCCAUGAACGCUUUUAUGGUUUGGGCACAAGCAGCCAGAAGGAGAUUGGCCGAUCAGUAUCCACAAUUGCAUAAUGCGGAGCUUUCAAAAACGCUUGGAAAAUUGUGGCGAUUAUUAUCGGAAUCGGACAAAAAACCAUUCGUCGAGGAAGCCGAGAGACUCAGAGUUAUACACAAACGUGAACAUCCGGAUUACAAAUAUCAACCGCGUAGAAGAAAACAGAAUGGAAAUGGUAUCAGAGAAAAUUCGCCAUCUAGAAGCCAGAGCAACGUUACCUUCAGCGUAUCCAGAUCGUCGUUUAAACAAGAAGAAAGCAGCAGUCCAGCUUCUGGUAAUAUCAGAGGACACGUUCAAGGCGUUCCUCCGGGAAUUCAAGGACCAACGUCGCCGCAAAGCACCAAAAGUUCUUCACCUCCAACGACACCGCGUCACGGUCUCUCACCUCUGACACCGCCGACUACCCCCAGGGAUCAACAACAUUACGCGAUCAAUAUGCAGGGUGUAGGGAAUACUCAGCAACACAACAACGGAGGUGUCGGGGGUGCAGGUAAUUGUGCUUCGUUGCCCUCGCUUUAUCACCAUCAAGAAUUGGUGACGUCCUCGACAUCGACAACGUGUCUGGAGUCGCACCAUCGUCAUCAUCACAACAGCCAAGGCCAACUACACCAUCAAUUGCAUCAUCAUCAUCAUCAUCAUCAUCACAACAACGGCAACAAUAACGGAAACCACGAAAAUCGUGGAGAAAAUCAAGAAAAUCAUCACGACCUGCGGUACAUCGAAGUGGGAGAGUGCUUGUCGGUGGACGAUGGGCACAUAACAACCCUCGGUAACUGUUUGGGUGGGGUCGUUGGAUUGAACUUACCUCUUUCGCUCAACGAAUGUGAAGUCGAGAGCAGCGAACUCGACCAAUAUCUUCCGGCACCACCGCAUCAUUACAAUCCCACGAUUGUUCCACCGCCAUGUUCCCUCUCUUCGCAGUGGUUGACGAACAGGUACGAAUUGAUCGAAGGAGCCGAGGAUCACAAUGAGAAUAACGAAGAUGAAGAUGAAGAAGACGAGGAUGAAAGUGACAUUGUUGACAUCGAUGUUAACGGUGAAAACAUCGUUGGCUCCGGUGUGAGUUCCAGAAAACGUCAUUGUCCGGGUCACCGUACCGAAAUUCCGUCGUCAUGGAACGAUAACAAUCGACCGCACGAAAUGGUUUGUUAUCACGAGCUCCAACCUCCGUUGCAGUCUUCUUUAUCUUCUUCCUCCUCUUCUUCUUCUCUGCAAUCUCUGCCACCUCUGAAUUACAUAGCUUUGAAUCACGGUCAGGUUAUUCACCAUCAUCACCAUCACAAUAAUGUUAAUCCGCUAAACAACUCCGGUGAAAAUCAUGUGAGAAUAACAUCUACAACACCACCCACAACUGCAACUACUUCAACAACUACUAGAACAAAUAAUCAUCCUUUAAUAAAUAUUCAAUCGACUAAUAAUUCUUACAACGGUCAGUACAUCCAGCAUCGUUUGUUACAUCCCUCUAAUCCUUCGGGCAUCGAAGAAUCCUGGAACAAUUAUUAUUUGUAGUGCAUAACAUAGAAUACACAUAUAUUCAAUAUAAGUAUACCUAUAAUCAUCAAAAUCGAUCUGCCGCAAAGAAAGAAAGACCGGAGAAAGAAGAAAAAAUUAUUUUCGUAUCAUGGUAUCAUUCAACAUUUUUAUCUUACUAUUAUUAGUAUCACGAUAAAAAUUCACGCGAUCUACGCACCAAUUUUUCUUGUAUAAAUAAUACACGUAUAGCUGCACGCAAAGUAUGAUACCAAUAAUAAUAAUAAUGAAGAUUUUUUUUUCUACUCUCAUGUAUUAUACAUAUCUACGAUAAUAUUCCAUGACAUCAUUCCAUGACAGCCGUAUACACAUAACAUUAUAUACACAUAACAGUGUACAUAAUAUAUACGGAUAUAUGCUAUUUGAUCCAUUCCAAAGGCAAAUUCAAAUACAUGACGUAUAAUUUUUGAAAAUCAUUGAAAAAAAAAUGAUAGAAAGAAAAGAAUAAUUAAUCAAUGAGACGAAAGAAAUCUAUCGAACUGCAAUCGGUAGAAAACGAUACAAAAUAUAAGUACAUAUGAAACGAUCGUAAUAACAAUAACAAUAAUGAACGAUGAUAAGUAAAUGCUAAUUAAUGAUAGCCAUACACAUAUAUUUCACAACGUGUAUAGUAUGAAAUUAGGUAUUAUGACCAUUAAUUUCUUUUCUUCCCCUAUAUGAAAUAUGUGUAAUAAUCAUGUGUAAAACCAAUAUUAAUAUAACGCGCUAUAAAAGUUGUUGGUUAUCGCGUGUUAAUUGUUAUUGUUAUUAUGUUAUCGUUUAUUUUGACAUUUUAUUUUAUUAUUGUUGGAUUAUUAUUAUUAUUUUUUCAAUUAUUAUAGCGAGAGAACGAGAGAUAGUAAAGCAUAUAUUUAUUGAAUUUUUAUUAUUGCCGCACAAUAUUAUAACGCGAGUUAUCUAACGAGUAUAUGGAGAAAGAAGAAGAUGAAGAAGAAAUAAAAGAAAAAUGAAAAGAAAAUGAAGAGAAAAGAGGAAGAGCAAGAAAAAGACACAUAUUACCGUACACGCACAUUCAAGAGUAUACAUAUAAGUAAAGAAAAAUUAA